AUGCCAUUCCCCAAAAGCGCCCUCCCCGCCGUCUUCGGCUCCAUGACCUUCGGCAAAGCCGGUGUGGAAGGCGUCCGUGUCUCGACCAUUGAAGACGCAGCCGCUAUCCUUGACGUAUUCCAAGCACACGGCCAUAAAGAGGUCGAUUCGGCGAGAUUAUAUGGCGCAGGUUCAACCGAGGAGACUCUGGCGAAGGUACAUUGGGCCGAGCGCGGGCUAGUGAUGGAGACGAAGCUGUAUCCCAGCGCUGGAAAGAAUAUGGGGGGCAUGAGUGCGUUAGCAUAUAGGCAUACGGCAAAGGAUUUGAGGAGGGGGAUGAUGGAGAGUUUAGAGGCGUUGGGGACGAGGAAGGUUGAUAUGUGGUAUUUACAUGGCCCAGACCGGAAUACUCCGUUUGAGGAGACUCUUCGCGAGGUCAAUGAGCUCUACAAGGAGGGAUACUUUAAUCGGUUGGGGAUCAGUAAUUAUAUGUCGUGGGAGGUUGCGCAGAUCUGUGAGAUCUGUGAAAAGAACGGUUGGAUCAAGCCCUCUGUUUAUCAGGGUAUUUACUCGGCUAUUCACCGGGCUAUUGAGCCUGAGUUGCUUCCUUGUCUUCGAUACUAUGAUAUUGCGCUUUAUGCGUUCCAGCCUUUGGCGGGGGGCUUUUUGACCUCGCGGUAUCGGAGGGAUAUGUCGGAUGAGGAGCAUGAGCCCGGUUCUCGGUUUGAUCCGAAGAGGUGGCAGGGGAAUCUCCAUCGGGGGCGCUAUUGGAAUGAGUUUUACUUUGAUGCCCUGGAUGUUAUUCGGCCGGUGGCGAAGAAACUGGGCUUGACGGAGGCAGAGUGUGCUUUUCGGUGGUUGUCUCAUCAUAGUGGGAUGGGGAGGGAGAAGGGGGAUGCUAUUAUUGUUGGGGCUAGCAGUGCUGCGCAGUUGGAGCAGAAUCUGACCGAUAUGGAGAAGGGGCCCUUGCCCGAGGAAAUGGUGGAGGCGCUGGAUGCAGCUUGGUUACGGGUUAAGGGGGUCGUUCCGAAGUAUUUCCAUUAG